UGGGUGUGGCUAAAGUUACGGGGGUUACUUGUUACCCACAUUUAUAGGAAGAUGCGCGCGCAGAGUUCUCUGGGAUUGUGCAUAUGGCAAUUGUAUCCAGUACUCAGUUCAAGGUAGUAUUUCAUCGGUACAGGACGUUAUUGGAUUAAGGUCUUGCAAUGAAUAUAUUAUUGGGAAAUUGUGUUGGAAGUUGCGAUCAAUUGGCAGGUCCACCUCCGGACUUUAUUCUAUCGAUGCCGCCGCCACCGUUGCCAUCAUUUUUGAUAUCAAAGCCAAGGAAUAUUGAUAUCUUGUUGCCCUCAAACGAGUCCCAGCCAUGUUUUGCGGCCUUCAUGUGCGGUCAGAGCCAUCAGAGUAAUGAUAGUGGCAAUGAGUUAAUGGAAUUGGUACGCACCGAUUCCAAGAGUCUGGAGAAUGUCUGGUUUUUCGUAUCAUCCUGUAUUGGCAUCUUUGUGCUUGGUUGUUUUCUCGCCUUAAUUGUCAUCAGAUGCAGAGACACCUUUUUCUCGUAUCACGAUGCAAAUAUUAAGCAGACUGCAAUCAAUGCCUUGGGAGAGGCAACAAAAUCGAAUGCUUUCACUUCAGGCGGAAUACUUUAUCCGUGUGCCACGGCCAACAGUCGGGAUCUGUUGCAGAGUCAGUUGGUCAAUGAUAGUCGUCUGCUUUGGGCCACCUUAACACCACACGGCACACGGCACUUUAUCAUUGAGAACUCCCAGGAUGGACACUACGAGUCCGUUGACUAUCGCAGCAAGGCGCAUAAUCAAGUUUUCCGUGGAUAUGCCAAGCAAUCGCAAUCCUUUGUUAAAUCGUUUGAUAAUAAUGGCUUUGUUGACUACGACUAUGAGGAUCCGACACCCUUAAUGGAUUCCUAUCAUGAUGAUAUGGACUCUGGUUAUCAGGAGCCACAUGAGGUCACCGGCUCACUGAAACGAUCUCCACUACGCACACUGGGAUCGUCGCCCACAGGCAAUGAUAUAUCGAAUAUAGCAUCAACCAAUUACAAUUCGAAUGUGGGACCAAGCCUAUCAUCCAAUCAGGCUGGAAACUCUCUAUCCAUUAGCCGUAAGACAACGCUAUCGCGACGCAUCAGCGAUGCCUCAUCCCAUAAUGGCACAUCAAUGUAAUGCUUAUUAGUCAAAUAGUCUCUUCAUAGUGAGUAUCAAGUUAUGUAAAUUAAACAUGGAUUACUUGACAAACCAAAUGAUAAACUGGAAAAUGCUGCAUUGAGAGAGAAAGUCGAAAAGGCCUGUCGUCCAUAAAUCAAAAGAGAAAAAGAAAAAAAAAUAUAAAGAAAAAUAUAAAAAAAGCUACUCCUACAAUAUGCAGUAUUUAUAAACAAUUUAUAUAUCUAAGGAAACUACAUAUAGAGCUCGCAUGUUGAAUAAGUAUAGAGUUGUGUGCUAAUUCUUAUAACUGCUAAAUACUAAUAUUGAAUCACUAAAUACAUACUAAACAGUAUAUAAGUACAUACUUCAUACGAUACCAUGCCACACGCCAUUUGCAUCUGGGGAGGAUUAACUAUUGUAUACAUAGCAUAUAUUAUAUCAUAUGAUAUUUAAGUAUGGUUAUGGGAACCUUAAAAAAUAAUUGAAUAAAAAUAGUUUUUUUUUUUCCAAA